AUAGAAAUGUCAGUGUCACAAAAAACCCGCGACCGCGAGAUCUCUUUUAUUUGUUUGUCUGUGAUGUGAGCGAGAUGAGAAAAUGAAUCACAAAACAAAAUUCACAAACAUUGAUAAUUAAAGAAAGAUCUAUUAAACUACACAUGAUACAACCCGUUCGUCAUUUAAGUGAAUUUGUAAACAAUUAUAGUGUAAACCACCGACGUCGGCGGUUACUAUGUUUACUAAUAAGUAAAUUGUGGCUUAAAACAACGUUUUUUUAUAACAAAAAUGCCGAAAGCAGUGCGACAAAUGCUCCAAAAUGGGCGUUCGUAUGACGAACCGGACCGAAUGCCGACAAACAUUACGGUGACUAACUUGGAUCUGUUGAUGUAUAUGGUGGCCAUCGUGGGCCAUCUGGUGGACCUGGGGCUGGACAUCAACGUGGCGGUCCGGUACUGCGUGGCGGGCAUGGUGACGGAGUUCGCGCUCACCCUGCUGUUCAUACUGAUGCCGGCGUUUGUCAACACUGCUGUCUCCAUCAGGAUGUAUGCACAUGACAAGCAGCAGGACUCCAUAACAAAUGAGUUCACAAAGAGGAAGUGGCUAAGAGUCUUCAUCCUUGUCCUGCAAAUGGCACCCAUUUUGCGCUUCACUGAUGCUCUUAUCUACGCGAUAAAGUCUCGGCGAGCGGCGCGGAAGCAGGACUCGGCCUCACAGCGAAUGUACUACGGCCUUAUGUUGAAGGAGGACUCGGACGCCGCACUGCUGCGUAUCUUCGAGUGCUUUCUCGAGGCCGCGCCCCAGCAGGUGCUGCAGACCAGUCUGCUGCUGCGACAGUAUGAGCAUUUAGCUGUCCAUCAAAGCCUAUCGAUCGGCUCAUCAGUGGCAGGUAUGGGCUGGUGCCUGGCAGCCUACCAGCGUGCAGUGCGCUUUGCUCAGCAAGACAAGCUCAAUGUGAGCUGGGCGGGCACCGUGCUGCAGACCCUGUGGCACUUCCUCGUCACAUUGAGCCGAGUGACCUCUCUGGCAGCCGUCGCGUACCUGUUCCCCGGCUGGGCCGCGGUGGCCGCCGCACUGCACGUCGCCGCCAUGGCCGCCUGGCUGCAGCUCUACGACAGAUCUCCCUUCUGCGCCCACACCACCCUCGGCCAGAUCUCCUUCUCCCUGGCCCUGGGAGCUGUGUAUCUCUUCACAUACAUCUUGCCAGUGGAAGGUAGAACGAGGUAUCGCUAUGCCGGAUACUACUCCCUGUGUUUUGUACAAAAUGUAACUUGCGCUGCACUCUGGUACUUCUAUGCAGACCACUAUAUGAGAACUUCUGUGUACUUUUAUCCAGUUUUUGUUUUAUGUAUAGUGCCUUAUUUGUUAGGUUUAGUGUUUAUGAUAGUUUACUAUGCGUUCCUACACCCCAACCGUAGGAAAGUGUGUGCGGUUCAACAUCAAGUUGAAUUCAACAAUGAUGAUCAAAUUGCUCGAGUUAGUUAACAAAGUACAAUGAUUUUGUUUGUUCCAUGUAAUAUCUACUAUGAGCAGAUGGGUAUUUUUGGAUGUUAAUUAAUCAUAUGAGUAUUCCCCACUGGUGAUAUUCAUAUUGUUAUUCAAACUUACGAAAAACUACAUAUCCAUAGUCAAUUUUUUUAUAUGUUUGCAAUCCGUUGCUGUUGUAUCCCAUGAGAAGGAUGAAUAAAAUUCAUUGCCCUGUGACUUUCAUGGCUUCAGCUGUGAUCGAAGCUCAUUAUCGGACCAUUUUAGAAGUACAAUUCCCAGUUUAGAUUUCUAAAUUAGUCGAUAACCACCAAUUUUUACCACCAUACUUCCAAUAAACUAGUGAUUUAGUGUAACAUGAUACUGCAUAAAAACCUAUAUGGGUUACAUAAACCAUGCCAGGCUGCAAUGUCACAUAUAUCAAAAGUUUUCGAGUUCUUGUCUUUUUAUACUUAGUAUUAGUUUAGAAAAUAGCAGUCAAUGGCUAUUGUGAGAACAAAUUAUUAUAAACCAUUUGUGAUAUUGAAUAUUUGUGUACUAAAUUACUGGCCAAAACUGAUUUACAUCAUGAAAUAAAAAAAAGACUGAUAACACAUAUAAUAAUAUAUUUUUACGUACUCAUUAUAAAUAUAAUAUAAUAAAGUUGUAUUACUAAUUUAUGUACCUAUAAGUAAAUAAGGAUCUGAAGUUUUAAGGGUUCUACAUUGAAAUGUAGAAAUAAACGCAACAAGUGUACUUUAUUCAACUUAAGCUAACCGCAGUCACACAGCAAUAUUGUCAGAAAAUAUAUGAAGGUAAAAUAGUAUUGUCAGUAGAAUAGAUGGAGGUACAGUAAUAUUGUCAGUAAAAUAGAUGGAGGUACAGUAAUAUUGUCAGUAAAAUAGAUGGAGGUACAGUAAUAUUGUCAGUAAAAUA